CGGGCUUCGCAGACCACGGAGCUACAAAGGCCGAGAGGGAAUGAGUGGGAGGCGGGAGAGCGCAGAUCCUACCCUCACAGAGCCAAGCCCUGCGCUACCAGCUUGGCCCGCGCAGGCCUGAGGCCACCGGGCGGGAAACCUCUUCGGCGAUUCCGUCGCGGGGCUGCCAGGCAAGCGAGUGGGUGUGUGCGUGGGGGCGGCCAAACUUCCUGUCCCGCGCUUGAACUGCUUCCGGCAGGAGCCGGAAGACGCUCUGUGUGGACAGAAUUCGGGACCGACUGACUGACGGACUGCUGCCCGGGACUGUAAGACGACAUUGAUUACCCAGCCAGCACAGCAUCUUACAGGAAAAGCAUAGCACUUCCUAGAGGAAUAUGAGCACAACAAGAAGGUGUCAUUGACUCUGAAUUAAAAUUUUAACCUGUCCCCUGAACAGCUACAGAAUUUGGAAGCUGAAUCAAUGUUAUCAGAUGAGUUAGAAUCCAAACCAGAGCUCCUGGUACAGUUUGUUCAGAAUACGUCCAUCCCCCUGGGACAGGGGUUAGUAGAAUCAGAAGCUAAAGACAUAACUUGCUUGUCCCUACUUCCAGUGACUGAAGCCUCAGAAUGCAGUCGGCUAAUGUUACCAGAUGAUACUCCAAAUCAUACGAACUCCUCCAAGGAGGUUCCUUCCUCGGCUGUGUUGAGAAGCCUUCAGGUGAAUGUGGGUCCAGACGGAGAAGAGACGAGGGCUCAGACUGUACAGAAGUCUCCAGAGUUUUUGUCCACUCCAGAGUCCCCUAGCUUGUUGCAAGAUCUACAGCCAAGUGAUAGCACUUCUUUUAUUCUUCUUAACCUAACAAGAGCAGGUCUGGGCUCUUCAGCCGAACACUUGGUAUUUGUACAAGAUGAGGCAGAGGAUUCAGGGAAUGAUUUCCUCUCCAGUGAGAGCACAGACAGUAGCAUUCCCUGGUUCCUCCGGGUUCAGGAGUUGGCCCAUGACAGUUUGAUUGCUGCUACUCGGGCACAGCUGGCAAAGAAUGCAAAAACCAGCAGCAAUGGAGAAAAUGUCCACCUUGGUUCUGGUGAUGGGCAACCCAAAGAUUCUGGGCCCCUUCCUCAAAUGGAGAAGAAGCUCAAGUGUACAGUUGAAGGCUGUGACCGGACAUUUGUGUGGCCUGCUCACUUUAAGUACCACCUCAAAACUCAUCGAAACGACCGCUCCUUUAUCUGCCCUGCAGCAGGUUGUGGGAAAAGCUUCUAUGUACUACAGAGGCUGAAGGUGCACAUGAGAACCCACAAUGGGGAGAAGCCCUUUGUGUGCCCUGAGUCCAACUGUGGUAAGCAGUUCACUACAGCUGGAAACCUGAAGAACCACCUGCGCAUCCACACAGGAGAGAAGCCUUUCCUUUGUGAAGCCCAAGGAUGUGGCCGUUCCUUUGCUGAGUAUUCUAGUCUUCGAAAACAUUUGGUGGUUCACUCAGGAGAGAAGCCACAUCAAUGUCAAGUCUGUGGAAAGACCUUCUCUCAGAGUGGGAGCAGGAAUGUGCACAUGAGAAAGCAUCACUUGCAGAUGGGAGCAGCUGGGAGUCAAGAGCAGGAACCAGCUGCUGAGCCACUAAUGGGCAGUAGUUUGCUUGAAGAGGCUUCAGUAACCAGUAAAAACCUGGUGUCUAUGAAUUCUCAGCCCAGCCUUGGUGGAGAGUCCUUGAACCUACCAAAUACCAAUUCUAUCCUAGGAGUUGAUGAUGAGGUGCUUGCUGAAGGAUCCCCGCGCCCCCUGUCUUCAGUGCCUGAUGUGACACAUCACCUGGUGACCAUGCAGUCGGGGCGGCAGUCGUACGAGGUUUCUGUCUUAACUGCUGUAAAUCCACAGGAGGACAUCUUACUGCCCUAGUGGAAAUGACAGCAUCAAGUGGUCCAAGUGCUGUCCCAAGUUACUAAACCAAGGAGAUUUAACUGAAAGACGGACAUGAGCCAUGGGUGCUGACUCCCGGAAAAGCAGCUUUGUCUGAUCCCAGAGUGCAUUCAGUAGGAACAGGAUGCUUAUGGCUCACAAUUUGCCAGAACCAAAACAAAAAAGGACCCCACUUUGCCUCUGUUCAUCUUUCCUGGCCUAGAAGAUGAAUGUGGGAGAGCUUCUCUUCGGUUACCAUCUGAUCCAGACAAGGAAGAAAGCAGUGAAUAUGGGCUGGGUAACUGGACCUACCUCUCUUCCCACUGCACAGUUUUGGGAUGGACUUCUCCCAAAAGUGAGUUUGAUUAUGUGUUGGCUGCGGUUUCUCAGUAAGACUGUCGAGGGGAGGUUUUCCUUUGAAGAGUUUUCAUCCCAGACUGAGCUGUCUUUUCACUUGGGUGAACUAAAUCCUGCCACCAACCAUAAAACUUCACCAAGAAGUUCAGCUUUCAAGAUGCCUUGUUGCUUUGGAGAAGGGUGUGAUGUCAGUCCUGUUGUGACAUUCUCCCUUUAGCAACCUGAGUAUGAGACUCUCCGCCACUGGGCUGCAAAAAAAUAAAUUACUUGAAUCCCUGCUUGGCCCAAGCUGAGGUACUCUUUUGUCCUAAUCACCUCUACUUGGCCACUUUGCUUUCUUUGUUUAUGGAACAUACAGUAGCAUGUUAAGAGGGGUUUUUUUUUGUUUUUUUUUUUAAGUUAAAAAUCAUAUGAUUCAGAGCUUCAAUUGUUUUUCCUUUAAAUAAAACAGCUGGUCACUUCUUUG